UUAAAAUGUAUCCCAAAAGUUUGGUGUACUUUGUGCUAUUAUUCGGGUCUCUAGCGUUCGGGAAAAACAUUGGAUACAAAGACAAAGGUGACAGGGGUGAUUUCAAGCGAUCUCUAUCGAAAAACUGCGACGAUUCGUACUCCUUGACGUGCUUGAAGUUAAACGUGAUAUCGUGGGUGGAUAAAUUAAACGAGGACAGUGAUUACAGUGUCUUACCUGGUGUUUCGAUAGUGCGUGAAAACAGCAGUGCAGUGCCAGAUAACGAUGACGUGGUGGCCGCGGAUUUGGCCAGGAAUUUCCCGAGCGAUCCAAACGGCCGUUUGGACGCGUUCCUCCAAAAGAAAGUCAGCGGUUUCCUCGACAAUCAUUCUAUCAAGUUGAAGCUCGGAGGCGGGACCGAUUCGGCUUUUACCGGGCGCAAGAAGGACAAGGGAGGCGGUAACGGACUCGGAGCGAUCCUAGCGUUGGGUGCCAUGAUGAAGGGAGCCCUUAUGUCGAUGGCUUUGGCUGGUAUAGCAGCUUUGGCGGGAAAAGCUCUGAUGACCAGUUUGAUUUCGCUACUCCUCUCCCUCAUCUUGGGAUUGAAGCAUAAGGGUGGCGGCGAGGGACACUCGACAUACGAAAUUGUUGCCAAACCGUCACACGGUCACGGAGACUGGGGCAGACGAAGUUUGGACGCACCUCUACCCAGUGGCCUGCAACCGGAUUACAAGUUGCCGGAAUAGGUCGCCAAUGUGAUAAAUAUUUAAGUUAUUAUUUAUUUGUUAUUUAUGAUGCUUUUAAAUAAAGGAAAACGUUUUUGU